AUGGACGGCUCUCUUCACGUCUUUCGCGUCCGGCCCCGCGCAUUACCCACGCCGAUCGCACCAGAGUCAUCGGGCCCUGCAAUCUUAGAACAUAGUUGGACGAGACGUUCACACAACAAGUCGAGGGGUGGAUGUGAGGCUUGCAGAACACGGCGGAAGAAGUGCGAUGAGCGCAGGCCAAUCUGCUCUUUGUGUCUACAGAAACACUCUGCGUGUACCUAUCCCAAUUCGCCACUAUGCCGCCGCAAUCCACUUGACAGCUUUCAAUCGAACGUUACGUAUUCUCUGUGGCCUGGACAGCAAACCUUGCCAGUACUUGCCGAUGAAAAAGCAUGCACCAAAUACGAUCUCGUGCUUCUUCACCACUUCGUUACAAUUUCGUCACAGCAUUUCAAGUCCCUCGGGUUUGAUGGAAUACUCUCGUCAAAAGCGGUUGAGCUUGGUAAAGAACACUCGUCGGUGCUGCACGCCAUGCUUGCAGUUUCGGCAUGCCACUUGCAAGGGCUGGGGUGCAAGGAGCGACCCUACAGGAUAGCUGAGACGCUCCAUUGCGAGUUUGCGAUCCGCGGUCUGCAGAGAGCGGUUGUGUCUUUCAACGGCGUGAAAGAAGCAGAUUCGGUCCUUACUACUUCCAUGCUGCUCAAUACUUAUGCCUAUAUCCACACGGCCAUUACGGAAGAGUCUUCUGAUGAUACUCUCAAGCGAGAUGCCGGCAGACUCGACUGGGGCUGGCUACGUCUUCAGAUUGGAAUCACCGAGAUGCUCGUGCGCACGAAGCCCUACCACCCACAGAGCAUCUGGCUACCCAUGUUCCUGUCCUCAAAGCAGCCCCUGCCGUUCGCCGAGCCGUGUAAUGAUCUCGAUCAACAACUUGCCAUUUUCUGCGGCAUCAACCCCACAAGUACAGCGAUAGACAACCCGUACGUGGAUCUCAUGGAACAAUUAGCGCCUUUGGUCAUACGAACCCAUGGGCCUCAAUAUAUGCGCUGGUAUGUCGAAGCUUUGGGCGGUAUUGACCUUCGCUUCAUAGAUCUCUUAGAGAAAGAGGACGUACCAGCUUUGAUGCUGUUUGCACAUUGGGCGGCGAUGAUGAGUUCGAUCGGGGCGUGGGGCACAUCGCGACGAUUGAAGAAAAUCUGCUGGAGGAUCUGCCAGAUUAUGCUGCCGCGAAUAAAAGCAUCAGAGCUUUACCUUCUGGACGUUCCUGCCGAGGCUGCUGGCUUUUCUCUUAAUCUUCGCUUUGAGAUCGAGCAGGACAUUUGACCGCGAAGCAAAGAUCUGACAGACCCGAUCAUGCUCUGUUGAGCAAUGCAGACUGAUUGAGCUCCCUCGACCCGUGAGAAACAGAGUCAAUCAGCGGUGACCCCACGAAUUCGGGAAGCAAAUCUCGAUUAGUGCCAAUACAUUGACUAUUUCUCUCACGAAGUUUCUAUCCCGCUUCACUAAAAUAUCGCAAUUAAUUGCCUCGCUUCUUAAUGUACCAAAACUUACGUCCGCCGCUCAUGAUCUCCAC